AUGAAUCAUAGCAACCUUUUUUAUAAAGGAGUAAGANCACAUUUAUAAAUAAUUUGAUAGGACAUACUGAUUGGAUUCAAUGUUUAGUUUAUAGUAAGAAAUAGAAUUCUUUUAUUUCAGGUUCUGGAGACACAACAAUAAGAUGCUGGAAAUAGAUAGAUUAAACUAAUUGGAUUAGUUCGUAACCUUAUUAAGAACAUACACGUUUUGUUAGAUGUAUUAUAUUAAAUUCAAAUGAGGAUAUAUUAUUUUCUGGUGGUGAUGAUGAAUCAAUUAAAGUAUGGAAGGUUGAUUUUAAAUAAAAUAAAUUGACUUACAUGUAUUCAUUAGAUAAACAUGAUAGUUAUGUUAUGGCAUUAAGUUUAAAUUAAUCAGAAACAUAAUUAGUAUCAUGUGCAUAUGCUAAGAAUUAGAUUAUAAUUUGGGAAAGAGAAGAAUAAGAUAAGUUUGAAUUCAAAUAUGUUGUUAUAAUAAUUAUCAGUCACUUCAUCUAUAAAUAGUCAAUUUAAGAAUACGGGCUUAAGAUUAAAUUUAUUAAAGAUAAUUAAUUUAUUUGGAUAACUGGUGGUAAAGAAAUAGACAAGCUCUAUAUAUUUGAAUUAAAAGAAGGAAUUUAUUAAGAAAAUUAAAAGAAGACUAUUCAAUUAAAUAAAAAUAAUUAGAUAUCUGAUGAAUAUCAUUUUCCAAUAGUUUACAAUAAGGAAAAGAAUUUAAUAGUACUCAGACAUAAAGAUUAUAUUUAUUUUAUUAAAGAAAUAAUAAAUGGGAUUUUCACGAUAGUUCAUUAAUUUAAUUGUGAUACAAAUCAAAUUUUUGGAACUUUUACAAAUAAUGGAUAAUAUUUGGUUUAUUGGGAUGAAAAAAAUUAAGGAUAUUCAGUUUAUGAAUUAUUAAAUAAAUGA